CGUAUGCAUUAUUUCCCAUUUCUUGGUUUUUUCUGUUCGUUUCUUCCUCUUCUUCGUUUUCCCUAAGAGCCGUACUUCACUUGGUGCCUGGUAGACUUCAUCUUUCAUGGCAGCCCAGGAUCCAAAUGCGCCAACAGACAGCAAUGGCGGUGCUCUGGUGGCUACCGCCGUCACUAUGCUGUCACUAUCCUGGCUAUCUGUCUCUCUAAGGUCCUUCGUGCGCGCUAGGCUAACUAAUGGUUUCCAAUGGGAUGACUGGAUCAUGCUACUCGCUCAGGUAUGUCAUGAGUGUGACAGUAUCUGCCAAACAUCCUGUACUCAUACUGACCCCAAACAGCUAAACUUCACGGCCUCGUGCGUCUUAAUCCUCGUAGGAGUUCAGGUCGGCUUAGGAAGGCACGACAAAUCUCUCGACCAGCUCCAUGAGAUUCAAGCUUUGAUGUAUCAAGCUCUAGCUACCGCGACAUACGUCCUCAAUAUGUGGUUGAUCAAGCUCAGCAUAGGUAUCUUCCUACUCCGCCUAGCUUCGCAGAAGAGGUACAAAUAUACCCUAUACGCUAGUAUCGUCAUCGUCACCAUAUGGAGUAUUGUUUUAUUCUUCUGGAAUAUAUUUCAAUGUAAUCCUGUCGCUGCUCAAUGGGACUACACUAUCCUCGUGAAGGAUCCGACUUCCCAUUGCGUCUCGGCCGACGCGAUCGUUGACGCCGCUUAUGCAUUAAGUGUCAUGAGUAUCCUAUCCGACUGGAUGUAUGCUUUGAUUCCGAUCCCCAUGCUAUGGAAUGUCAAAAUGACGGCGCAAGCUAAGCUCACUGUCGUUGUUGUUCUGGGUCUGGGUGUAUUUGCGAGCAUUGCUACCCUCGUCCGACUCAAAUUCCUCGCCGAUCUCACCGAUAUGGCAGAUAUCUUGAAUGCUGGGACCGAUGCGAUGGUCUGGACAUUGAUUGAACCAGGAGUUGCUAUCGUUGCCUCGAGCCUUGUCACUAUACGACCUUUACUUCGUCUUUGGAAGAUCAGAGGGUUUGGUUCGACUGGACAGAGCCGCCCAACCAACCAGUAUAAUAGCCAUCGCAUGUCGCGCACUAACCAGUCGAGCAAGAUGCCAGGUUUUGGUUCUACCGACGUGACCCUCGUAGAUAUCGAAUCCCAGACAAAACUUAGCCGUCCUCGUUCGUCGGUCGCUGGAUCUUUCGUGGGAGGCAGGGCUCAGCGUUCGCUAUCAGUGUCCGAUGCUACAAGCCUGGCAAGUAGGAGCUUGCAAUCCCGAGCGUCAUCCGAUGCGCCAAUGUUCUCUGGUUUUCCUCAGCGGUCUCGGUCCAUCUCGGAUGCAGACACGCUGACGGGUAGGAGCCAGCGUUCUCGACCGUCGAAUUUAACAAGGCUAUACGAAACACCUAUAGAAGAAGACGAUGCUCAGUCGCAAUACGAAGGCCGAAUAAAUAAAAGAAUAGUAGUGAGGAGCGAGAUGUACAUCAUCGAGGGCAACGUAACACCUUCGCCGCCACCGGGAGCACACAGACGAGACGAGACGUGGCUAUCAGAACGAGAUUCAUCAAAUGAUGGGUCUUUCGAGCUCAACCGCAUCAGACCUCAAUACAAUAGGAGUAGGGACUUGGUAGAGUUACCGCAAUUGUCGUCAACUUAUCGACGAUAACAUUACAACAAAGCUACCAAAAAAUCUCUACCCGUAUCAUGCUCUGAAACAGAAGCGAUACGAUUAUGACAUCAACUACAACUACGGAGCAUCAAUACUUCCAG